GGCCCAAGGUCUAUUACGACUUAAUUACUCAUUGGACACGGAAGCCCUCAGGGUCCUCGACCGGACGUGUAUCACACCACGAACCUCUUGUGAUGUCCCCUUUCCCUUUCAUCAAUAGGACUACUGGCCUCUUGUUUACUUCGCGCGUUUCUUGUAAACAAAGGUGGCAACCGGUUUAUUUGCCGAAGUAUUUUUCGACUGCUGUUAAAACCAAAGAAAAUGCGAAACUUGGUUAUCGUUAUGAAAAUCUCAUUAUCGGCGUACCAAAAGAGUGCGCCCCAAAUGAAAAACGCGUCUCGAUCGCUCCACAGGCUGCCAAAACACUUACCCAAAGAGGAUUCAAAGUUCAUGUGCAAGCUGGUGCUGGUUUGAAUGCCCAGUUUCGUGAUGCCGAUUACGAAAAGGCGGGCGCAACUGUGCUUACCGGUGAUGUUGGAGCUCUCUAUGCUGAUAGCGAUAUUGUGUUGAAAGUUCGAGCUCCGUUAACCUCUUCCAACAAGGAUACUGACGAAUUGAGCUUGAUCAGAAAUCGAUGUACAUUAAUCAGUUUAGUAUAUCCAGCGCAAAACAAGCUCCUGCUUGAUGCUCUCAGCUCAAAACAAAUCAACCUUUUGGCCUUAGAUUGCAUCCCUCGAAUCAGCAGAGCACAGGCUUUCGACGUUUUAUCUUCCAUGGCCAACAUUGCCGGGUACAAAGGUGUGAUCGAGGCUGCGGGACUAUUCAAUCGCUUCUUCGCGGGUCAAAUCACUGCCGCCGGACGCAUCCCUCCUGCUAAAGUCUUGGUCAUUGGUGGUGGGGUCGCCGGUCUAUCGGCCAUCGGCGCUGCUCGGGGGUUAGGCGCCGUCGUUCGUGCCUUCGAUACCCGAGAAGCGGUACGCGAACAGGUAGAAUCGAUGGGGGCCGAAUUUCUCACCGUAGCUGUUAAGGAAUCCGGUGAAGGUGUUGGUGGCUACGCGAAAGAGAUGUCGAAGGCCUUUCUGGACGCCGAGAUGGAGCUGUUCGCGAAACAAGCAAAGGAGGUGGACAUCAUCAUCACGAGUGCCCUCAUCCCCGGAAAACCAGCGCCAAAACUGAUAACCAAGGCAAUGGUCGAAUCAAUGCGCCCGGGAUCUGUGAUUGUCGAUCUUGCCGCAGAAACGGGUGGUAACGUAGAGACCACUGUUCCGGGUACCUUGUCCUACCACAAUGGGGUGGCGCACAUUGGCUACACCGAUCUCCCCAGUCGGCUGGCUGGUCAGGCUUCUUCUCUCUUUUCCAACAAUGUGACCAACUUCCUUUUAUCUAUGACUCCACCAGGAGAGAAGGGUCGUUUCUACUUGAACUUGGACGAUGAGGUGGUUCGCGGCAGUCUUGUGUUGCACGAGGCAAGAUUGCUGAAAUCUGCACCACUUUUGCUGCCACAACGCCAUGCCAUGAACGCCGGGUUGGUCGCCAUUUCCGGCGCUGGUCUUCUUGGCCUGCUAUCUGUCGGUCCCGAGGCAUAUGGAACCGGGUUGGCCUUACUGCUGGGUGGAGCCGCUAUCGCCGGCGGUGUCUCUGGUCUCACGCUCACCUCAGCCAUCGGCGGUGCGGAUAUGCCAGUGGUGAUCACCGUGCUCAACAGCUACUCCGGAUGGGCACUGUGCGCCGAAGGUUUUAUGCUGAACAACAACCUCAUGACCGUUGUCGGUGCGCUAAUCGGAUCCAGUGGUGCCAUUCUGUCGUACAUAAUGUGCAAAGCAAUGAAUCGCUCUCUUCCAAGUGUGAUUAUGGGCGGCUACGGCACCAGUUCGUACGCUGGUGGACCGGCUAUGGCCAUUACAGGCACCCAUCGCGAGACCGACGUUCGGACCGUUGCCGACCUAUUGCGUGAUAGCAACGAGAUUAUCAUUACACCCGGGUACGGUUUGUGCGUAGCCAAAGCCCAAUACCCUUUGGCUGAGCUGGCAAAAGAGUUGACCAAACAGGGCAAGCGGAUCCGGUUCGCAAUUCAUCCAGUUGCAGGUAGAAUGCCUGGGCAAUUGAAUGUGUUGCUUGCCGAAGCCGGAGUUCCUUACGACAUUGUGUUUGAGAUGGACGAAAUCAAUGCCGACUUCCCGAAAACAGACUUGGUGCUGGUCAUUGGCGCCAACGACACUGUGAACUCCGCUGCUGAGGAAGACCCAAAUUCCAUCAUAGCUGGAAUGCCCGUUUUGCGGGUUUGGUUGGCCAAAAAGGUUAUCGUGGUGAAACGAACACUUGGUGUUGGCUAUGCCGCCGUAGACAACCCGGUCUUCUUUAAGGAUAACACAGAUAUGCUUUUGGGGGACGCGAAGAAGGUCUGCGAUGGUCUCUUGAGUUCCUUCAAGCAAGAGGCUUAGAAUCCAGCCUACCGCAUAUCCCGUCCGCUGAGCCCUUAUGCACCGAGCGUCCGCUCACACCCGAAAUCCCCUCAGAUUGCGCCCACACUUACCGGUGACCGUUAUUCCUAUUGUUUCUUCUUUUAUUCUCCCAAAUGUUUGUGCAAGCAUGCAAUUCCUCUCUUCCUCACCUCCCAUGAGUGGAUGCAAUCCUGCACUACCUGCGCCUUUUCUCUUACUUUUCCCCACCGUUUAGGCAUCAUUCCUAUUUUCUAGAUUCUUUUGUCUCUAUGAACACACUUUCGGUGUGUUUGCCCAGUCUAUUUAUGCCAAAACUACAGUUUAGUAGCCAAAUGCUAAUAAAUGGCUAGAAUAUUCGAGUUUCUACGACAUUCUCGCCUAUCACCAGCCCAGCCCGUGGCCUUAAUCAGCCCCUUUGACCACUAAUGGUGUACCGGCGUUUGGCUUCCUACUAGAUGUUUAGAAAGUAGUUACAUACUGCUUUUUGAGCCUGUUCAAAUACAAUGCUACUAAAACAAACAGAAAUCACCUUCCUUCUGGUGUAGUUUUGUCCAUGGCGGCCUUUUUUAAUGCAUAUAUAUAUAUAUAUAUAUUGCUUACUUGUUCCAUGAUAUCUGUAGGGAUCGGUUUUCCUGUUCCAUUCACCCUUGUAGCAUUUCCUGGAAGUUUCCA